GCAGAAGCUCAUACUCAGUAACUCAUUUUGCCGCUAAAACUAAAUUCACUCCAGCCUUCUGUUCGGGCUGUGGAUAAAAGUAACUGGAAAGGAUUUGAGAAUCAGUGUGGCUCCAAUUGGCAGCUGAAAAUGGGAAUCUCUGGACUGCUGCAGUUCAUCAAAGAUGCAGCAGACCCCAUCAAUGUGAAGAAAUACAAAGGCCAGACCGUGGCUGUGGACACUUACUGCUGGCUGCAUAAAGGAGCAUUUUCAUGUGCUGAGAAGCUCGCUAAAGGAGAACCAACUGAUCAGUACGUGUGGUACUGCAUGAAAUUUGUGGACAUGCUGUUGAACUUCAGAGUCAAACCAAUUCUGGUGUUUGAUGGACGCAAUCUGCCAUCAAAACGAGAGGUGGAAAAGGCUCGCAGAGAGCGCAGAGAAACCAACCUUCUGAAAGGCAGACAGCUGUUACGUGAAGGCAAAGUUUCUGAGGCCAGAGACUGUUUUACCCGUUGUGUUAACAUCACCCCAGCCAUGGCUCAUAACCUUAUUAAGGCUGCAAGGGCGAAAGGGGUGGACUGUGUUGUGGCUCCAUAUGAAGCGGAUGCUCAGUUAGCUUACCUAACUAAAUAUGGUUUAGCCCAGGCUGUCAUCACAGAAGACUCUGACCUGCUGGCAUUUGGCUGCAAAAAGGUGAUCCUCAAAAUGGAUAAGCAUGGCAACAGCCUGGAGAUAGACCAGAGCAACCUGGGCCGCUGUCGCCCUCUAGGGAACUUUUUCACAGAGGAGAAAUUUCGCCACAUGUGCAUCCUCUCUGGCUGUGAUUAUCUGGCCUCCUUGCAUGGCAUCGGCCUGGGCAAGGCCUGCAAGCUGCUCCGGAUGGCCAAAGACCCUGAUAUCCUCAAGGUGAUCAGAAAGAUGGGCCAGUACCUGAAGAUGAAUCUAGUCGUCCCUGAAGAGUACAUCGAGGGAUUCGUCAGAGCCAAUAACACCUUCCUCUACCAGCUGGUGUUUGAUCCCAUCAGUAGGAAGGUUGUACCCCUCAACCCAUACCCAGAGCACAUGGACCCAGCCACCCUCAGCUAUGCUGGACUCAAUCUAGGAGAUGAAGAAGGCUUGCAGAUGGCCCUGGGAAACCUUGACAUCAACACCAUGCAGAGGAUAGACAACUUUAGCCCAGACAAACCCCUGCCACAGCCUUCUAAACCCCGCAGUCACAGCUGGAACGACUCACCCGCCCCCACUGGGCCCAGUAUCUGGAGCAGAGGCUUCAAACCAGCAUCUGCUGCCCCACCCCAGUCUGCUGCCUCCCCAGACAGGCCUCCCCCCACCAGGGGGAAGGAGAGAGUCAUCAGCCUGGACGGUCUUAGGUUGCCCUGCAGAGAGCUGCAGGUGAAGAGACCACGAGAAGACUCUAGUAUAUCAGACCAGGACGUGCUGCAGCAGUAUUCAUCCUCCAGUCAGAAGCGAGUCAGGUCAGACCAGCAGCCAGACAAGGCAACUUUAACCAGGCAGCCCUGUUCACGAAACCGCUUCGCCACUCUCCUGCAGAGGAGGAACCAGGAAGCUGAGGAGGAUGGCCAGGCCACAUGCAGCAGAUUCUUCAGCAGUUCCAGUUUAGCAUCCAGUCCGAUCACUAAGGAGUCUACUCAGGAGGAUUUACCUCAGCAUGUGGAUCCCAGAGCUGUGAGUCACACUCAGGACAAUUCUUCCAGCACCCAGACCAAUGACAGCGAUAGUCCCGAUGUUCCAUCUGUGGACACCCCGAGUCCGCCUCCAUCAACAAGCAAAACAUCUCCCAGUUCAGCCAGUCAUGGCCUCAGGCUUUUUUACUGGUCAGGCAGCUCCACCUCAACUGAACGAUCAAGACAGCCCAAGUCCACUUUAGGCCUGGCUGACCUGCAGCAGUUUCAGUAUAAGAAGGAGACUGCUUCCUCUUCUACAAAAACACACAGAUCCCCUGGAGACAGGUUACCCCCACGUCCAUCUUCUACUGACGAAAACCCAGAGGACAAGGAUGACCUCCCAGACUCCCCUCUGUCCCAGGAUAGCGCCUACUUCACCCAGUCCCAGCCUUACCUCACUUCCUGCCACAAAGAGGAAGCCCCCACCUACAGCUUCCCUUCCUCCUACCAGGGGGAUGCUGCGUCUGCAAUUAAUUUGAUUCCCUCACACUCGCCAGAAGCAGAUGAGAAAUCAGCUGUGCUGAGAUCAAAGGUUGCAGGUCUGUCGAAACCAAAGUCCAUCAGCCAGGGUCAAGCAGCAAAGGUGCGAACUUUGGGCCCAGCCAGGGCCAGCGGACUGAGGAAAAAGUCAGUGGGUUCUGCAAAGAAAACCUCCUCCCCCAAUAAUGAGAACAACCCAGGUGUCCAGGCCACCAUCAGCAGCCUCUGGAAGAACUUCAGCUUCAAAAAAGAUGCCCACAAGAUGACUCCCAGCAAGACCGGUGCGCCCCUGUCUCCAGUCAAAGACAACCUGUUGGCCAGCUUGUCUCAGACAGACACAAACUUAAUCACCGGAUAGAUACUUUGAAUGUUUCACAAAGUGCUAAGCACUGGGAGUGAAGCUUUUCAACAUACCAUGUAUGUUAAUGAUUACUCAUCAAUCUUUAUUUUUUAAUGUAGAGUUAUAAAUAAAGCGACGUCUUGUGAUCCA